GUUAAAAAUAGAAACGGUCUCAUUCCUCCCUAGACCAUUGUUGGGUGCUGGAGAGAAUGUGCGAGGUAUUCAAAACUCCUACACUCACCCUAUAACACAAAUAUUGUAUUUUGUGAAUGAUAAUGAGGAUUGUGUCAACAAAAUACGGGACGAUUUGAUCUACAGGAGGGAGAAAAAAAACUACUUGGACGUUAUUUAUUAACGCGUUUCCGCGUCGGUGGCCAAUUCGCAGCAGCGGUUUGAGGAGAAUCCUGAGAGGAAAUCAAACGCGGAACGCCCGGCGAACUUUGCACCUCUGUGAACUUGACCGUAUCGAUUCCAGCCAUGGAAUACAAAGUGGAAGCCCAUCGGAUUAUGAGCAUUUCCUUAGGGAAAAUCUACAACUCACGCGUUCAACGAGGCGGCAUUAAACUGCAUAAAAACCUCUUGGUUUCGCUGGUCCUCCGCAGCGCGCGUCAGGUCUAUCUGAGCGACUACUACAGCGGCGCGUGCCUGAACGCUGCUCAGAGCGAGCGCGAAGGGAACGAAUGGGACAUUACGGACUCGGAGCGGGAGAAAUUCCCUCCCUCUACAACGGAAUGUGACCGAAUAGAGAGCUCUGAGGAACCUCAACAGAACGAGCGGCCCGAGAAAGAGCGGGAAUAUCGCGAAAACGACGAUGAAGUGAAAUCAGACCAGGCGGAUUGUACUUCCACUUUACAACAAGAGCAAAAGCAAAACUCUUCGUUGGACUCUGUGGCAAAGGUUUCAUCUGAAACACCGCCGGAAACCAUUGACGAACCCAAGGAGAGUCCCUCAGUCAGUACAGUAGCAGAAAGCGACUCAUCGCCUGAAGCGGACGGGGAAUCACAUCAACCACCCAAAACGCACGUUUGUUCAAACAGGAAAAGAAGCGCCGAGAAGACGGAAAGUGGCGAUUUGCCUCAAAAAAGGACCAAAGUUGCCUCCUCAAAUGCUAAAGAGGACGAGGAAGCCGAGGAAAUGGACACAAGUAACGUGUCCAACCUCAUUACGAUAUUUGGUUCCAGUUUCUCAGGACUUCUCAGCAAAGACGGUGCUAAACCUGAGUCUGAAGCAGAGGAUAGUGGACAAAUCUGCUGCGACCAAAUGUUGAAGAACCUUAACCCUUGGAGUACAGCGAUAGUAGCUUUCUAAUAACUGUAUUGCACGGCACUGUACUUCUUAUCCGGGUUGAUCUGAGCGCAUUGGUAACACGUGCUCAGGCCCAACAUCGUAGUGUGGGACUUCCCAGCAAGCAUGAGUGGUGCUACCAAAGUACGAGCUCAGUUUGGCCUGUAAGAUGUCCGGGCAUGCCUUUCUAGUGAAGGAGGUAUCUGAAUGCUGGUGCUACUACUUGGGAUCUACUACAGUCCUUGAAGUGUUGAACUCUCAGACAUUUUAAAGCCAUGUGAGCGAGUGGUAUUACAACAUAUGCAAAUGUGUCAUGAAGGUCAAUGUUACAUUGUCACUGAACCGAUUCAGGGUCGAUCACACCAAAUUUGACUGUACGAGGUUUAGGCCACUGUUUUAACGUCUUUGUUUUAAAAAGACCUGUACAUUUUGUAAUAUUCGAGUGUGUAUAUAUUGUUUGUCGCAUUCUGAAUCUAUGUAUUUUGGUAUCAUGACAAUUUACGUGGUGCUCACGUAUUAAAAAAAUGUGAAAUGACA